ACAAAAAUUUAGAUGGUAAUCCGAGAGUUUGCUUCUGUGUUUACAAACAGAUUUAACCCUAAUUGAAAGAUACGCAAAUAUUUAUUGCGAUAAGAACACCAAAGUUAAAUAACGCUUAUCAUAAAGACAAGAUUGAAUUAUUAUAUCCUUGUAUCCAUCAGUCAUCCAGCCACUACCCAAAAUACACCUGGACUGUUAGGUCUACCGACCAAACGCCAAACUGCUAUUUGAAAUAACACUGUUAAGCAUGUUUAGAGAUUGAAGUUUGGAUGUACAUUUCUAAACUUACAUUGUAGCAAUACAAUUUAUAAUGGUUAAGAUUUCACCAUUUGAUGUUGGAAUGGUGGGUGGAUCAAUUAAGUCAUAAUUAAAGACAAUGGUUUUAGAAUCAAUGGAUUUAUCAGACCCAGCACAGAAGAGGGCCACCAGAAAACUUUUAAUUGCUGGACUCAUAUGUGUUUUCUUGGCUGUGGUGUCAAUAGCUAUUGUUCUGGCUGUUGUUAUUCAACAAAAUGAGGAGGAAAGAAUUCCUCAUGGUUCCUUCGAUAAUCAGCACUAUACAACUGUAGGACCUAAAUCAGAGGAGAUUGACUUAUCUUCAUCAGUACUAAUGGGGUUAUUGUCAUCAGAAAGACUUAGUCUUGAAACAUUUACUUAUAGUACAACCAUUCCCAUAGCAACAAGUGAUCAACAUGUAGAUGUUACAUCUUCAACAUUGGUUAUGAGUUCACAACCUUUUACAGAAAUGAGGGACAGUGAUUCAGCAUAUUUCACAAAUGAAAAAAAUAUUUCAUCCAUUGAACACCCUCAAAUCCAGUUGACAUAUUCAUCUAUUUAUAAUUUACCAGUUUUCUCAACAGAAUUGGUAUAUUUCACUUCUUAUUCUCAAACAGAAAAUAAUUACAUUAAUUCUGAUAAAAUGACAAAUAUUAAAACUGAAAUACAAACAAGUAAACAAAUAGGGAGCAUUCCAGUUACAGAUAAUAAAUCUGAACCUUUUUCUACCUCCCUGGCAGAAGAGUUCAAAUCAGAAGACAUUUCUUUUGAUUUGAAAUUAUCUGUGACAUCAGCUGCUGAUACUUCAAUACGAGAUGUAAAACAAUCAACUUUGAAAUUUAGUGAUGUUAUUCCAGUCACUUUAAAUUCUGAUCUACAACAACCUGUGAUCACAAAGACUUCUAGUGAGGAGGUUCCUGUUUGGUCUACUGAAUCAAAUACAUAUAAUUUAGAAUCUACAAAACUCAUACUGCAUAUAAACAGCACGUCUGGUUUAUCAACAAAUCAAAUGAACAUUUUGCCAUCUUCUUCAUCUUUCAUCUUUAUUCAACCUGAAAGUGUAGUUUUAACAAACAGUACUACAGUACAAUCAGCUGUAACAGAAACUUACAUGUCAACAUCUAAAAGUAGUGCACCAUUAACUUAUAGAAACAGUAGAUGGAGAGUUACAGCAUCAACAUUAGUUCCAUAUAUUGAAACUUUACUUACUGUAGCUCAAUCAGAAUUUAUAUCCAGUGAUUUAGAACCCUUAAAGACAACUGCUUAUAAUGAACUAAUGCCAACAAGUGCCCAAGACGAGACAACAAUUGAGAAUUUUGACUCAACAGAUUGGUACAGUUUAUCAUCACAAGUAAAAGUAUCUUCAACACUUUUGCCAGACUGUAGUAUACAUGAGUUUAGGUGUAGAAGUGGCCAGUGUGUGAGUAUGUCCAGUAGAUGUGACAAAGUUAUACAAUGUGAAGAUAUGUCAGAUGAGUUCAAUUGUACAGAUUGUAUAGGAUUUAAGUGUGGUAAUGGUUUGUGUACAUGGGCUUGGAUUGGAUGUAACAAAAGAGUAGACUGUAUGGAUCUCUCUGAUGAAAUAGGAUGUGAUCAUGGAGCAUCUUACAGACGAUGUGAUAAUGGUCUGAGUAUUCCAUCACAUAAAUGGUGUGAUAAUGUAGACGACUGCUUUGACAACAGUGAUGAAAUCAAUUGUACAUGCUCAUUUGGGGAAACUCCCUGUAAAGAUGGCCAGAAGUGUAUCAGAAAUGAGUGGAUUUGUGAUGGGCACGUAGAUUGUAUACAGGGCACAGAUGAAACCAACUGUAGUAAUUGUAGCCCAGACCAGUUUGUAUGUAGUGAUUAUAGCUGUAUAAAUAUAACACAAGUCUGUGAUGGUGUACAGCAAUGUAAUCAGGCUGAAGAUGAAAUGCCUUGUUAUAACCUUCACAAUGACACAGCAGCCAUGACAGUUCAGUACAAGGGAGACAACUACAGCGUUUGUAACACUCACUGGAACUCUGGUAUCAGUGAUUAUAUUUGUCAGUUGCUAGGCUACAGAAAUUCUACAAUAACAAAAUACAUUAAAAUGAGGGAUAAUGGGAAUGGCAAUGAUUUUAUAGAACUUGAUCAACAAAUAACAGAUCAUAAAAAGAUAUUACAGUACAUGAACAUUAGAUCCUCUUGUUAUUCCAAUAUGACUGUCUCCAUUGCAUGCUUGCCACGAGGAUGCGGAGAACAAAGCCGUAACCUGAUGCUUCCAUUUGUUUCUGGUGGAGAUAUAGCCACCUUGGGUCAGUGGCCAUGGAUUGUGUCCCUGUCUUAUCUUGGCAGACCGUUCUGUAGUGGAACAUUGAUAUCAAAGGACUGGGUAGUUACAGCAGGCCAUUGUGUUUCUAUACCAGGUUCUCAUAACUACACAGAAAAUCCUCAUUACAUUGAAGUUCAAUUAGGGUCAGUCAAACGUCUUAGAGGUCAAGGCACCAGCAGACGUGCAGACAAGGUCAUACAUCAUCCAAGGUUAACAUGGACAGGGAUUGGUCCAAUAUACUAUGAUAUUGCAUUGAUUCAUUUGGAAAAGUCUAUUACUUACAAUGAAUAUAUCCUACCUAUCUGUUUACCUAAGACAGAUUUUUCUUCACUUAGUAACUGUUACAUAGCUGCCUGGGGAUAUAUUAAUUCUAAUCAAGCUAUAACAGUACAAGACCUAAGAGAAGCUAAGUUACAGGUCUUGUCUGAUGAAGAAUGUAGAACAAAUACUGUACCACUGGAACAGGAAGUAAAUACCAAUAUAACAUACUGUGCUGGAUAUAAGUUUGGGGUCAUCUCAGGAUGUCAGGGUGAUAGUGGUAGUCCUAUGAUGUGUGAGGAUCACAAGGGUAAAUGGACACUAACUGGAGUGAUGAGUAGUGGGGCUGCCAUGUGUGGGACGUUUACCAAUACUGCCAAUAGAUUUACCAAAUUAUCAACAAUGAUUGAGUGGAUAGAUAAUAUUAUCAAUGUUUGAAAGCAAUUUAUUCACUGUGAGAAGCCGUCGAUUUAUAUAAUGCCAAAUGCAUUGAAACUAGUCAUUUUGAUUUUAUUCAGUUAAUGAUUUUAUUGAACAGAAUCUUAAAAAAUAUGAUUUGAAUAACUUGAUAAUGAUUGUGAUUUGUAGAUUUGUCAUGUAUCACUAAAAUGUAGAUGUUAAAGUCACUCAAGGUGCCAUUGUUUUUAAAAUAUGUUUUUAUAAAUAGCUUUAUUAUUUUUAAUAAAAAUUUAUGACUAUCACCCA